AUGUUCCAUAUAGCCGUAUUUCAGGGUUUCGCGCACGGAAUGUCUGUGGAAUUCACUAACAUCUCACUUGCGGAUUAUGACAAGACAUCAACAUUCUUUUAUGCUGGCGAGGGCAGCAUCCUCUUUUUCUUUAACUCAUUUUUCGUUUGUCGUUUUUUGAGCAGCAAACAUUAUCGUGCCCAAAAAGAUAGUUUGCUCAUUGUCGGAUAUCUUAUUUUUGAUACUCUUUUCGGGCUGACCUAUAUGUGCAGUGGAAUCUAUAGGAUAAUACUAAUUUAUGCAUUCUCGUAUGAGUAUUUUCCUGCCUUAACAAAAUGGGAGUGCAUUGAGACACCAGCGCUUCUAUUUGUUAUAAUCACUCCUACAGCAGGCAUAAUUGUAUUCGUGACUGCACUCGAUAGGUGUUUCGUUGCCAUGUACCCGCUCAAAUAUCUUCAGUUGAACGUGCGAUAUGCAAUAAUCGUGAUCUGUAUCCCUUACGUAAUUGCUCUUGUUCCCAUUAUCAAAGCUCUUCUGGGCAGUUACUUCAAUAGAUUUGUUCAAAAUGAAAGUGCCGCCUGCAACCUCGAAAAUGCUCUAACUCGUGAGGACUUCACGAUACUUCGACUUGUACGGGUCGUUCUUACACUAUCUUGUAUUGUAAUAUAUAUCCCCGUUACUAUCAAGAUGUAUCAGGGGGUGAUCAACAUCAUCAUCUUCGUUGCCACUCAAAGGUCGUUCCGACAAGUCAUUCUAGGCAGAUCAGCCACGAGCAUGAUUGCCACUUCAAUCAGAAUCGUUGGGAAACCACGGCACUCGUUCGAGGUCGGCAAUGGUAGCAGUGGAAAGUCUACCAAAGCUAUUGUUGUAAAAUGCUGUACUAGGCUACCUAUCCCAGUUGUUGUAUCCACAGUGCUAACCCACUUGAGAAUGACGUUGAAAUUCACAAAUGUUUCUAUUGCUGAUUUCAAUAAGACAUCAGCGUUCGUCUACACUGUUGAAGGAGGCUUUCUCUUCGCUAUGAACUUAUUCCUUGUUUGCCGUUAUUUAUCGAACAAAAAGUAUCGCUCUCAAAAAGACAGUUUGCUUAUAGUCGGUUAUCUCAUUUUCGACACGAUCUUUGGGCUGACAUACUUGUGCAGUGGACUUUAUAGAAUAUUGCUUGUAUACGCACAUGCAUACAAAUACUUCCCAAUCUCCACAAAAUGGGGAUGUAUUGGCACACCAGCAAUUUUAUUCAUAGUAAUCACUCCUACAGCAGGCAUAUACGCUUUUGUUACUGCUCUAGACAGGUGCUACGUUGCAAUGUUUCCUUUCAAAUAUCCUCAGCUGAAUGUACGAUAUGCGCUAGUAGUGAUGUUUAUUCCAUAUGUCAUCGCUCUGGCUCCCAUAAUCAAGGCUUUGAUUGGGACUUACCGCCAUAGAUAUGAAGAAGUUAAUUCGCUUUGCCUUCUCGAAGAUGCCCUCACGCGCCAGGAUUUCAAUAUUCUGCGCAUUUUACGAGUGGUUCUUACGCUGUCAUGUGUUAUUAUAUAUGUGCCAGUCACUAUAAGAAUGUAUCAGAACAUUCGCGCUCAUCAAAAACUAGCAAACAACACCGGUGGCAGAAGUCAAAAAAGGCUACUUCGAAUGACGAUUACAAUCUUUCUGGUCACAUCGAAUACUAUAUUCAUGUUUACAAUUCCUGAUCUGAUCCUUCUGAGUCAACCAAAUUUCGGUGCAAACAUAUUCUACAUCCUGAAUCUGAACAAGGGAGUGGUAAAUAUCCUAAUCUUUAUCGCCACCCAAAAGUCUGUACGGCAGAUUGUGACGGGAAAAUCAAGAGCCAGUGUGGCAGUGACUUCCAUACGAAUCGGACGUCGUAUAAAUACCUACAGCGACCGGUUUGAAAGCAGGAAGGCGAUGUUCAAAGCAGCGACCACCGUUUAAUGUAUAUAGCGUAGAGAUAAUAGAAAUUGAUC